AUGUCCUCCGGCUAUCGGGGCAACCGGUACAGUGCUCGACAUGUCUGCGGCUGCUACUUCCUCGAUCCUUCCAAUAAUGGGUCGAGGACCUACCUGCCGCAGGUAAAGCUUGACGCUCGUACCACGAUCUUGUCAACGGCGUCAAGGACGGCGCUGAAGCAGACUUUCGUAAAUACGUCGAAGGACAAACCUCUCGAUGAGAUCCGGUACGCCUUCCCACUCUUCGAUGGCGUCAGCGUUGUCGAGUUCCAGUGCCAGAUAGGCGAGCGCAUCAUCUACGGGCUCGUGAAGGAGAAGGGGGAAGCUAGAAAGACGUAUGAGGAGGCUAAGGAACGAGGCGAGAAGGCCGCUCUGUUGGAGCAGCUCCCUGAUGCUGCCGACGUCUUCACUACCUCCGUCAGCAACAUUCCCGAGAACUCUUCCGUGGAAGUCACCAUUACAUACGUUCAAGAGCUGAAGCACGACGCUGAGGUCGACGGUGUGCGCUUGACGAUGCCGACGUCCAUCGCUCCCCGUUACGGAAGCUAUCCUGGUCAGCUGAUGGAGAGCUCUGAUGUUAACGAUUCGGGCGGCAUAUCUAUCACUAUUGACGUCAGUAUGGCCGAUGGAGUUCCUAUCAAGAAAGUCAUGUCGCCGUCGCAUCCGAUUGAGGUUUCGCUCGGAACACUGUCGACUAGCACUAAUGACGAAGACUCCUCUAUCUCCAAGGCCUCCGCCACCCUGGCACUUGGCACUACCGAGCUAGAGAAGGACUUUGUUCUCCAGGUGGUGGUGAAGGAUGUCGGCGUACCUCAGGCCAUCCUCGAGACACAUCCCACUCUGCCCAAUCAACGAGCACUCAUGACUACCCUAGUCCCGAAAUUCAACCUGAAGUCACAGAAGCCGGAGAUCAUCUUCAUCGCUGACCGCUCCGGCAGCAUGGCUGGCAAUAUCCCUACUCUUGUAUCUGCCCUCAAGGUCUUCCUCAAGUCCAUUCCCACCGGUUGUAUGUUCAAUAUCUGCUCAUUCGGCACGGAUUUCGAGUUCCUCUGGCCGAAGAGCCAGCUCUACGGUCAGGACACCUUAGCACACGCGAUCAAGUAUAUCAGCAAGUUCGGCUCGGAUUUCGGCGGUACAGAGACCCUGAAAGCCAUCACGGCGGCAUUUGAGCGCAGGCUCAAGGGGAUGCCAACUGAACUGAUGCUUCUGACCGACGGCGAUAUCUGGUCCCAGGAUACCGUCUUCCAGUACAUUGAGCAGGAGACCAAGCAUGGAGACGCACGUGUCUUCCCUAUCGGCAUAGGAGGUGGAGUCUCUAGCGCCCUUAUCGAAGGUAUCGCUAGAGCUGGAAAGGGCUUUGCGCAAAUGGUCGUGAACAACGAGAAGCUCGAUGCGAAGAUUGUCCGAAUGCUCAAAGGAGCACUCAGUCCUCAUAUAAAUGAUUACCGGCUAGAAGUGAAGUACGAGGACGACACUGUCGAUAGCGUCGCCGACAGCCUCCACCUCAAGCUGACCUUUGAUGAUGAGGAUGAGAAAAAGAACUCGGAAGCUUCUGACACUAGCAAAGAACCGAUUUCACUCUACGACCCCGCGUCCAAAGAAGAGCACCCGAAAGCCGACGAGCCGAAAGAUAUCUUCGCUGGUCUGCCGAAGCUCGAUCGCCCCAAGAUCCUGCAAACCCCUCAUCAGAUACCGCCGCUCUUCCCCUUUAAUCGGACCUGCGUCUACCUCCUAAUGUCCCCGGAGGUAUCUGACCUCAAGCCAAGGAGUGUAGUGCUGAAGGGCACUUCCGCUCAAGGACCACUUGAGCUUGAGAUUCCAGUGGAGAUUCGACGGGAGCCAGACGAGAUGAUCCAUCAAUUAGCCGCCCGUAAGGCUACCCAAGAGCUUGAAGAAGGCCGCGGAUGGGUCUCUGAUGCUAAGACCGGUGCUGGCGAACUCGUCAAAGACAAGAACCCAGCCCAGUUUGCGCUACUUCAGAGACGUGAAGCCGUACGACUCGGGGUCGAAUUUCAGGUAGGCGGGAAGUACUGCAGCUUCGUCGCCGUUGAAGCCAACGAGGCCGAAAUCGCCGCGAAACGAAAGAAGGCGCUCGAUGCGUUGAUCAACAGGAGCGUCGAAGAGAAGGAUGACUGGGAAGUGGUUGAACCACCAGUGCAGCAGCACCAGCAACAGGUUUUUGAGACUGCCACAGGUACGUUAGACUCCCUCAGACGGCAACGUUUAUCGUCCGGACCACUCGAGCGUUUUGCGCUGAGAGUGUCGGAAGAUCAAGACGGCUUAGAAAGCGUAGAGAAUGCCUGUUGUACAGUGGGCAUCAGUUGCAGCCGAAGGGUCAGGAGAAGGCCGGAAGUGCGGCUGACUAGUUUGGGAGGCUUCGGCCGGACCUUGGGUGGCCUCGCCGGGUCUAUCGGAAGAGCAGCCACAUUGAAAAGUAAGAAGGCUGACACUUCGACGCAACAAACAGGUAUGCACGUUCAACCCUUCCAUCGCAACCGCACCAAGCAGACGGCUCGGAUGUCCACAGGGGGCAAAGCACCCAGAAUGCAGCUCGCAAGCAAGGCAGCUCGGAAAUCUGCGCCCUCCAGCGCGCCGGUCAAGAAGCCUACGCGCAAGAGGAGGAGCGCAGAUCCUUGGGCGCCGAAGAAGAAGGCUAAGAAGAAUACUGACAUGCCUAUCAUAGGAUCAGAAUCUGACGAGGACAUGGGCUUUGGGCUCUUCGAUAAUGGACUGGAGGCUCUCAAAACAGCUCCUGAUUGUAAGAGGACGAGGCGAGGAGGGCCAAGAGGUCGAGUUGGUGCGCCUGCUGCCGCCGCUCUGGCAGGAGGUGCUUCAAUCCGCGCUGCUCUCUCUGGUAAGCCAUCGGAGCCCGCGGACUCGAGCACCCUCCUCCAACGCCUUAUCGCCCGUCAAUCGUUCGAAGGAUCCUGGACCGGGAUUAGCGACCUCUGCGACGAGAUGAGUAUCUCCCGCGACGCCGCACGAGACGCGGUUAACAGCCUUGUCUCCGCGGCUAAGAAGGGAUUGGACAAGAAAAAGGCGGAGACAGUGGUCAGCACUGCGAUUGUCAUUGCAUUCCUGGAGAAGAAGAUGCCUGAGGAAGAGGAGACAUGGGAGUUGAUCGUGGAGAAGGCGAGGGAGUGGUUGGAGAAUGCUGUGGAGGGAGAUGUGCUCGCUGAGACGUGGAAGCUGGCUGAGGGUGUUAUUGGGAAUUAG